AUGUUGCUGAUCACUUCAAUACUUUCACUUGUUUGCUCGAUUCCACGCAACAGCUCCUCCGAUUUUCCUGCUACUCCAUGCUCUACAGCGACUUCCACGGACGAGCAUCGAUAUACUGAUGAGCAAAGAUUACUGUACCAUCUGCUAAAGGGUUAUGAAAAAGCGGUACGGCCAGUUCGAAAUGCCUCAGACACUGUUACCGUACGGCUUGGGAUGACAAUGACCAACAUUUUUGAUAUGGAUGAAAGAAAUCAAGUGCUGACUAUUAACGUCUGGUUGGACCAGGUGCGAGAACUUCUGGCUUGA